AUGCAAGGUGAACCAGCAGUCAGUGGCGCUGAAGAAGGUGCAGAUUUUCGAGAUGACGGACGCCAAGGCGCGGCUGGACUGUAUGAAGGAGAUCAACUUGCUGCAGCAACUCAACCACCCGAACAUCAUCAAGUACUUGGCUUCGUUUAUCGAGGACAACGAGCUGAACAUAGUGCUGGAGGUGGCGGAUGCGGGUGACCUGCAUCGCAUGAUCCGACACUUCCGCACGCAAAAGCGGCUCAUCCCAGAGCGCACUAUCUGGAAGUACUUCACGCAAGUGUGCAGCGCGCUGCAGCACAUGCACAACAAGCGGAUCAUGCACCGGGACAUCAAGCCAGCGAACGUGUUCGUGACAGGGGAGGGAGUUGUGAAGCUGGGAGAUCUCGGACUGGGCCGGUAUUUCAGCACGUGCACGACGGAGCUGAUCACGCUGGUGGGCACGCCGUACUACAUGUCGCCGGAGCGGAUCCACGAGCGAGGCUACAACUUCAAGUCGGACAUCUGGUCGUUGGGCUGCCUGCUGUACGAGAUGGCCGCGCUACAGUCACCGUUCUUCGGCGAGAAGAUGACGCUCUACUCUCUCUGCAAGAAGAUCGAGAGCUGUGAUUACCCGCCGCUGCCCUCCGACCACUACUCGGACGUGUUCAGGAGUCUGGUGGACCAGUGCCUGACGCCGGACCCGGCCGGGCGGCCAGACAUCGCGCACGUCACCCGACUGGCGGCCGAGAUGCAUGAGAAGACGGCCGUGCCCGGCAGCGCUGUGAGCACCACCAGCUACGCCAGUCUCAAGUCCAGCGACGGCUUCAUCAAACCGCAGUAGCUGCUGCUUGCUGCCGGUUCGGAAGUCUAGCACCAUCUCCCGUUGCGGAGUCGGAAGUCUGGCACCGCCUCCCGUCGCAGAUUCGGAAGUCUGGCACCACCUCCCGCUGCGGAGUCGGAAGUCUGGCACCGCCUCCCGUCGCGGGCCCGGAAGUUUAGCACAAUCUCCCGUCGCGGGCACGGGAGUCGUACUCUGGUCGAGUCGUCGCCUAGCCUCGCUGGAGUGCACACUUUCUCAGGCUGAGACCAGGCGUCACCCACCGGCGGUUGGGGGCCUCUGGCGAGCUAAAGAUGUUGUCGGUACCUGUCCUGGGUCGGCCGGCGAUGCCGUCAGCGGAGGUCUACCCGGACCUCAUCACAACAUCUAUGUUUGGUGUGUCAGUGCGCGUGCUUGACUAAGUUGUCGUGUGCCAGGCCCAGUGGAAGCGUACCACUCGAUUCCGUCCAUCUGCCGUCCAGGGACGUCUUGUUCGCCUACUGUAUUUCUGUGGAUAUGGAGUGCAUUACCGUUUGUAAGACGUGAUGUUUGGAAUGGCAAUCAGGUGAGCGUUUUGAUUAUAUGGCUUGGCAGCUAACGGCACGCUAUGCAAGCCACAAAUGCAGACGGCCGGCACAGGUUAAGGCACGGUAUCCAUGCACGGAACGAAGUAAAUCCACAUCCACCGCCAGGCACUGUGCCUGCCCGCCCGUGAAUGUUUUCAUAUAUUUACCUGAUCGUUGUCGGUAGUUCACGCUGCCAGGAACCGAAGAUCGCAAACGCUGAAUAAUAAACCCGAUUCGUUGGCCUUGUCA